UGACAACCCAUGUGGAGUUUCAGCAGCUGCUGCAGGAAACGUUACUUCCAUUUGGGUUUGAGGUGUAUCCUUUCCAGGAAAUAUCUCAUGAUUAGACCUGUUGAUGCAGGAAAAUUUUCUCCACCUGAGCAGGCAUGAGCUCCAGGAUUUCCCUGCAUCAACAGGUGCAGCAGCGCUCAAUUCGCAUUGAUUCGGCGGAGGGACUGAGCGGCACCAAGAACAAAUAUACUGAAGUGCGAGGAUUACAUGAUUGGCUGGUACAAUGCAGUGUUGGAGCCAGCCUUCCAUCUUUCCUACCCAAACGACACCCUGGCAUUUGUUGUCCUCAGCACCCCUUCCAUGUUUGAGAAAGCCUUUAAACCAUUCCUUAGACAUCACAUGCUGCAGAAUAUUAUCGAUCCCAUUGAUCAGUGUGUAGCAUAUCACAUGUCUUUAGUAAAAGAGAGGUACCCCUCUGGUAAAUUAGAUGUUAUCUAUGAUUACGAACUCCAUCCUAAUCGGCGCCCUAAAGUUCUCAUGCAGACAGCAGCACAUGUGUCUGGAGCUGCCUACUAUUAUCAGCGAAAGGAUAUACCUCAGGAUCCCUGGGGCAGUAAGAAGAUGUUUGGUGUUUGUAUUCACCCCCAGUUUGGAGGGUGGUUUGCAAUUCGGGCUGUGCUGGUGUUUCCAGAGAUACAGGCUCCUGAUUUAGAACAAACCCUUCCCUUAGACUGCCUGCCAUCACAGGAUGACAAGAUCCAGCUACUAGAGCACUUCAACUUUAACUGGAGAGAUGGCAAGUACCGUGAUGUGCUGCCACCCAAGGAAAAAUACUCUGCCGAACAAACUCUGUACUUUGCAACACCACCAGCAGAGAGGAGAAAACUGCUGGAGCUCCACGGACAGCUGCAUCCCAGCCCUCAAUGUUAAUAGCUCAGUGGCCAUAUUAAGAACUUAAUACAAUAACUUGAGCAUUGUGUGCUCCUUGGGCAUUCCUUUUUAUCAGACAGUUUUCUAACCAAAUUGCCCCACUCUGAUUAUCCUGUCACUACAGCAGCAUUUCCCAUGGAAUAAGACCAACAAUCCAUCCCAAGAGAUCCAGUUGGACACUGAAAGUCUGCAGAGGAUGGCAUAAUACAAAUAUAUACAAGCUCUGUUCUAGUAGAUGUAGGCAUGUUAUAUGAACAUGUCAGUAACAUUAAUAUUUAACCUCAAGUAGUUAUUACUUACACUACAGUCUGCUUUGUGAUGUAGUCACCUCUGAUAUCAAAUUAAAGACACUUUUUAAAAUA